AUCAGUUAUAAAGAAUUUAAUUGUGUAGGAAUUGGAAUUUGGGCCUGAUCGGGAGUUAUUUCCAAAGGAGUGUGCAUCAAUGGAGAAAUUUGUUGCAGAGGACAGAAACUCUUUCUUAGUGGGCAAUCUGGCAUCUAUUCCGACAAUAAAAGUCGUGAGUAUGGCAGAUAACAGCAUCAAUGAUAAUCCCGAGGCCAAUCACACUGACUCGGGCUACGAUUCGCAGGCGAUAAAAAUCAUGGGUCUGCUCAGCUUCAUUUUCUUAAUUGGCUUUUCUGUUGUCUGCAUCCGCCGCCGCAUGACCGUCGGAGUUUCCCGACAAGCGGGAGCUAAUAAUAACGUGAAGGGUCUGGAUCGGGCGGUCAUCGAGAGCUUCCCAGUAUUCAGCUACAAUCUGGUGAAAGGGCUCAAAGCCCAGGCCAAGGGAUCGGAAUGCGCCGUCUGCCUCAGCGACUUCCAGGACGAGGAAUUGGUGCGUUUGCUUCCCAAAUGUAGUCACGCUUUUCACCCGGAGUGCAUCGACAUGUGGCUCUGGUCGCACACAACGUGUCCUGUCUGUCGGGCCAGCCUUCUUCCAGCAGACAACUCCAUCCCCAUAGCCACCGUGGAGAUGCAGACACCACCUGAGCAAGUCGCCAUCGUUAUUGACAACGGAAACAAUGAAACAACGAAUGGAGCUUCAGAGACGAGCCACGAUUCGAUGGGGCACUCGUUGGUAAGGGCGCGGACGGAGAUGGAACUGCCGACGGAGUGGUACAUCGACACGCCAGGCGGUCGCAUGCCCGGGUUGCACAGGAGCUGCAGUUUUAUAGCCAACCAUCAUUCUCAGGCUCCGUCCACUUCUAAGGCCCGGCCUGUGUGCUCCAAGCCGGGUGGUUCUCAGGAUGAUUCAGGGCACGGGUCGAAAUCGAAAAGAUGGGGACACAUUUCUAUGAAUUCGGGUUCGUUUUUGAGAAGUUUUACAGACCACGUUGCGACUCGGACUUUGGAGCGACGAGGGUCGAUGGAGCAACGGAGUCACAAGCCUCAUGUGGGCAGGACUCUCAGUUGGGUUAUGGCAGGAGAGAGGGAGAGGAACAGAGCGGAGGGUACAGAGAACGGAUCAGCUACCUCCAGACAUGCCAUUCAAUUUGAAGGUACAAGUAUUGUAUUGUCUUCAAAGAAAGUAAAGGGCAUCCCACGUUUCAAGUCGUUCUAAUCAUACACGAAAGCUCUUCUAUGCGCUCAGUAUACCGCCUGCAAGAUUGUGGAUGGCAUUGCUCAACGAUAGGAAAGAAUGAUUUUCAAGUAAAAUGAUGUUUUUGUAUAUAUUCAAUUUCAUACAAUACCUUUUGUGGAUUUUGUAUACAAACCAAUGCUCAAUGGACCCUCUCAAAUCUUGUUGCUUUACAAAAUGAAAAACCUUGGAUUUGUCUUGGCACUAUGAUCCCAUUUUUGCCUCUA